GGGUUGGCAUGCCAGGUGGGGGCUGGGAGGACAAGGCCAGCGUUGGCAUGAGGAGGGGUAGAGAGACAGUAUCCACUCCCCAGAAAGGUCUGUUGGGGAAUCUGCAUGGGAAUCCCAGUUCUGCCGCCUUCUCACUGUGCUGUGUGACCUUAUGCAAGGUCCUUGGCCUCUCUGAGAGGCUAGGGUUUUCUGUAGUGAGAAGCACAGGGCUGAUGAAGAGUAACCACUCCAACACCCAUUGGUUAUUAUCAUCCGUAUAAGAGUCUGGAACUCUCAGAUAAGUUCAAGUCCUGGCUUAGCCAUUUGUGACCAUCCGUGCAUGGCUUCCCUUCUCCCAGCCUCAGGUGUCUUUUCCGUUAAUGGGCUCAACGAUUGUCUUGACCUCACAAGAGUGUUCUGAGGUUUAUGUGCAAUGACCCCUGUGGGACAUCUGACACAAGAUCGGGACCACGGGAAGUUCUUAGUCACAAUGAUAAGCCCCGGACCCAGGAGGCCCAAGGAGCUGGAGGUGAUCCUGAGGCAGCAAGACCCCAGAGGAAGGGCGCGAGCCCCGCAGACGACUGCGCAGUACCCCAGGCUGGGCUCCUGUUAGGAGGGGGUGCCUGUGCUCAGGCAGCGGCUCAGAGGCAGCUGCUCCAUGCAGAGCUGAAGCUGGUCCUGCAGCAGAAGGGAGAGAGGAAGCAGGAGCCUGGGGCCCAGGUGACUCCCAGCAGCGCCAUGGAGGCCAGGAGCCGGAGUGCUGAGGAGCUGAGGCGGGCGGAGUUGGUGGAGAUCAUCGUGGAGACGGAGGCGCAGACCGGGGUCAGCGGCAUCAACGUAGCAGGUGGCGGCAAGGAGGGAAUCUUUGUCCGCGAGCUUCGGGAGGAUUCCCCCGCGGCCAGGAGCCUCAGCCUGCAGGAAGGGGACCAGCUGCUCAGCGCCAGAGUGUUCUUCGAGAACUUCAAGUACGAGGACGCACUACGCCUGCUGCAAUGUGCCGAGCCUUACAAGGUCUCCUUCUGCCUGAAGCGCACUGUGCCCACCGGGGACCUGGCGCUGCGGCCUGGGACCGUGGCUGGCUACGAGAUCAAGGGCCCACGGGCCAAGGUGGCCAAGCUGAACAUCCAGAGUCUGUCCCCUGUGAAGAAGAAGAAGAUGGUGGUACCCGGGGCCCUGGGGGCCCCUGCAGAGCUGGCCCCUGUUGACGUCGAAUUCUCCUUUCCCAAGUUCUCCCGUCUACGUCGGGGCCUCAAAGCUGAGGCUGUCAAGGGUCCUGUCCCAGCUGCCCCCGCCCGCCGGCGCCUCCAGCUGCCUCGGCUGCGCGUCCGGGAAGUGGCGGAAGAGGCCCAGGCGGCCCGGCUGGCCGCCGCCGCUCCUCCCCCAAGGAAAGCCAAAGUGGAGGCUGAGGUGGCAGCAGGAGCCCGUUUCACAGCCCCCCAGGUGGAGCUGGUUGGGCCCCGGCUGCCUGGCGCCGAGGUGGGUGUCCCCCAGGUCUCAGCCCCCAAGGGGCUGGGAGAGGUGGCCCUCCACCUGCCAAGCCUUGGACUAGGCGCCCCAGCCCCACCUGCUGUGGAGCCCGCAGCCCUAGGGAUCCAGGUCCCCCAGGUGGAGCUGCCCGCCUUGCCCUCGCUCCCCGCUCUGCCCACGCUGCCCUGCCUGGAGACCCGGGAAGGGGCUGUGGUGGUGACGGUGCCCACCCUGGACGUGGCAGCGCCCACCGUAGGGGUGGACCUGGCCUUGCCGGGUGCGGAGGUGGAGGCCAGAGCAGAGGCACCUGAGGUGGCCCUGAAGAUGCCCCGCCUCAGUUUCCCCCGCUUUGGGGCUCGAGCGAAGGAAGUUGCUGAGGCCAAGGUGGCCAAGGCCAGCCCCGAGGCCAGGGUGAAGGGGCCCAGACUUCGAAUGCCCACCUUUGGGCUUUCUCUCCUGGAGCCCCGGCCCGCUGCCGCUGAAGCUGCUGUCGAGAGCAAGCUGAAGCUGCCCACCAUCAAGAUGCCCUCCUUUGGCAUUGGGGUCUCGGCCCCUGAGGUCAAGAUGCCCAAGGGGCCGGAGGUGAAGCUCCCCAAGGCUCCUGAAGUCAAGCUCCCGAAGGUGCCCGAGGCAGCCCUUCCAGCCGUGCAGCUCCCCGAGGUGGAGCUCCCCAAAGUGUCAGAGAUAAAGCUCCCGAAGGUGCCAGAGAUGGCCGUGCCCGAGGUGCGGCUUCCAGAGGUGCAGCUGCCGAAAGUCCCCGAGAUGAAGCUCCCCGAGAUGAAGCUCCCGAAGGUGUCCGAGAUGGCCGUGCCGGAGGUGCGACUCCCGGAGGUGCAGCUCCCGAAAGUCCCAGAGAUGAAGCUCCCGAAGGUGCCCGAGAUGAAACUCCCGAAGGUGCCCGAGAUGGCGGUGCCCGAGGUGCAGCUCCCAGAAGUACAGCUCCCGAAAGUCCCGGAGAUGAAGCUCCCAGAAGUGAAGCUCCCGAAGAUGCCCGAGAUGGCCGUGCCCGAGGUGCGACUCCCGGAGGUGCAGCUGCCCAAGGUCUCAGAGAUGAAAGUCCCUGACGUGAAACUCCCCGAGAUAAAACUCCCCAAGGUGCCGGAGAUGGCCGUGCCUGAUGUCCACCUGCCAGAGGUGCAGCUGCCAAAGGUGUCCGAGAUGCGGCUGCCGGAAGUGCAGGUGCCGAAGGUCCCAGAUGUGCAUCUUCCGAAGGCACCCGAGGUGAAGCUGCCCAAGGCUCCGGAGGUACGGCUGAAAGCCGAGCAGGCAGAGGCGGUGGAAUUUGGCUUCAAAAUGCCCAAGAUGACCAUGCCCAAGCUGGGGAGGGCAGAGUCCCCACCACGAGGCAAGCCAGACGAGGCCAGGGCUGAGGCCCCAGGGAAGCUGGUAAUGCUCCCCUGUUUGCAGCCAGAGGCGGGCACCGAGGCUCGGGUGGGUGUCCCCUCUCUCUCACUGCCCUCGGUGGAGCUAGACCUGCCGAGGGCCCUCAGCCUGGAGGGGCAGGUCCCAGCAGCCGAAGCGGGCAAGGUGGAGCGGGCAGAGAGCCCCGGGGCAGCGGCAGGGGUCGGGGAAGUGGCCUUCCGGAUGCCCUCCGUUGAAAUCGUCACUCCACAGCUGCCCACGGUGGAAGUGGAGGAAGGGCGGCUAGAGGCGAUGGAGAUGAAAGCCAAGCCCUCCUCCAAGUUCUCUUUGCCCAAGUUUGGACUCUCGGGGCCCAAAGUGGCCAAGGCGGAGGCUGAGGGGGCUGGGCGAGCCACCAAGCUGAAGGUGUCCAAGUUUGCCAUCUCACUCCCCAAGGCCCGAGCGGGGACUGAGGCCGAGGCCAAAGGGGCAGGGGAGGCAGGCCUCCUGCCCGCCCUCGAUCUGUCCAUCCCGCAGCUCAGCCUGGAUGCCCAUCUGCCCACGGGCAAGGUGGAGGUGGCCGGGGCUGAUGUCAAGCUCAAGGGGCCCAGGUUUGCCCUGCCCAAGUUUGGGGUCAAAGGCCGGGACACUGAGGCGGGAGAAGCAGUGUCAGGGGGGGCUGAGUUGGAGGGCAAGGGCUGGGGUUGGGACAGGAAGGUGAAGGCGUCCAAGCUGAAGAUGCCCUCCUUUGGGCUGGCUCGAGGAAAGGAAGCUGAGAUCCAGGGCGGGCGUGGCAGCCCCGGAGAAAAGCCAGAGUCCCUGGCCGGCCAGCUUAAGAUCCCCGAAGUGGAGCUGGUCACCCUGGGGGCCCAGGAGGACGGGGGCGCCGAGGGGGCAGCGGCCGUCAGUGGAGUUCGGCUACCAGGCCUGCAAGUAUCCACGACCAGGCAGGCGGGUGCCGAGGGCCAGGAAGGGGGGCUGAGGAUGCCCCUGGGUAUCUCCCUGCCCCAGGUGGAGCUGCCCGGCCUCGGGGAGGCCGGCCUGGGUGCCACCCCCGGGCAGCAGGUCAAGGGUGCAGCCCCUUCAGCAGAGGGCACAGCAGGCUACAGGGUCCAGGUGCCUCAGGUGACCUUGUCUCUGCCUGGAGCCCAGGUGGCAGGUGGUGAGCUGUUGGUAGGUGAGGGCGUCUUCAAGAUGCCUGCUGUGACGGUGCCCCAGCUUGAGCUGGACGUGGGGCUGAGCCGGGAGGCGCAGGUUGGGGAGGCAGCCACCGGCGAGGGUGGCUUGAGGCUGAAGAUGCCCACACUGGGGGCCAGGGCCGAAGCUGGGGAAGAGGGGCCUGGAGACCAGCCCCCAGGGGCCGAGCGCACCUUCCGCCUCUCGCUGCCCGACGUGGAGCUCUCGCCACCUGCUGUGGGCAGCCACGCCGAGUACCAGGUGGCAGAGGGCGAGGGGGAUGCCGGACACAAGCUCAAGGUGCGGCUGCCCCGGUUCGGUCUGGUUCGGGCCAAGGAGGGCGUGGAAGAGGGUGAAAAGACCAAGAGCCCAAAACUCAGGCUGCCCCGAGUGGGCUUCAGCCAGAGCGAGGCAGUCACUGGGGAAGGCUCCCCCAGCCCCGAGGAGGAGGAGGAGGAGGGCGGCGGGGAAGGGGCCCCCGGGCGCCGAGGCAGAGUCCGAGUCCGCCUGCCCCGCGUGGGCCUGGCCACCCCUUCCAAGGCCUCUCGGGGACAGGAGGGCGACGCAGCCCCCAAGUCCCCUGGCGGGGAGAAGUCACCCAAGUUCCGCUUCCCCCGGGUGUCCCUAAGCCCCAAGACCCGGAGUGGGAGCGGGGACCGGGAGGAGGGUGGAUUCCGGGUCCGGCUGCCCAGCGUAGGGUUUUCGGAGACAGGGGCUCCAGGCCCUGCCAGGAUGGAGGGGGCGCAGGCUGUCAUCUGAAGCCCCGGGGGCCGAGGGAGAGUUGCCUCCCAUCUUCCCAUCCCUGCCUCGUCCUCGUUUUGUGUGUGACAUAACUAGCACUAACCCUCAGAGGGCCGGGAGGUGGGUGACUGACCGGGAGAGGGCCGGGGAGGCCUCCUUCCCCGGCUCACUGGCUGGACUGCCUGUAUCUUGCCAAACCAUGUGAAUAAAAUAAUCCAGAGGUA